AUGGCUCCCAGCGUGACUUCCUUUAGCACCCUUCGGGCUCGCACCUAUGUCCUCCGGCUACCGCUCUUCACCAGAAUCGUUCUCCUGAUCAUCGUUGUUGCCUCGAUUGCGGGCGUUCAGUCGGCCUGGGACAUGAGGCAAUGGGGCGCCUUGAUCCCUGACCAACUGUCCUUCACGUCUUCGUACCGAAUGAACACAUUCCCAUUUAUCCACAAAAAUUUCAUCCACGCGAUUAUGAAUAUCCUAGCUUUGGCCCCUCUGAUGGAACGCUUCGAGGCGGAAUUUGGUACUCUGACCUCAAUAUCGCUCUUCAUCGGACCUCUUACCACAAUUCCGGCUAUUCUAUACGUUUUGAUCGAAAGAUUCCUCUUCAAGGGGAAUGUCGGCGUUAUGGGGGCUAGUAUAUGGGUCUUCUUGCUCCUCGGCAGGGAGGCGAUUCGAACCUAUAAGACGAACCCUCAACUGACGAUUGCGACGUACUCGAUCCCCACAUGGACAACGCCCCUGAUCCUCAUCUUGGUGGUUACCGCUCUCGUUCCAGGUACAAGCUUACUGGGCCACCUUUGCGGCGUAUUUGUUGGAUAUCUAUUUGGCCUCGGUUACCUCAAAUUUCUGAGCCCUCCCGAAAAGGCCCUGCGAUGGGUUGAAUCAAAGCUGAACCUGCUGGGCCGCCUGCCUCACUAUGUGAGUGUAGAUCAAAAGACCUAUGGUCGCUUCGGUGUCUUGCCCUCAAGCAGUCAUGCCGGCGGCGGCAGCGCCCCUAUUGCGCUUGUUGGCACCACGCAAAGGCUUGGAUCCUGA